UUUAAAUAAUAACAAGGGAGGGAAUUAAAUGUCAACCAAUAAAACAUUUAGUAUGGUUUUAGCAAUGACACUCAAUGGAGGAAUUGGUUAUUAAAAUAGAUUACCUUGGAAAUUAAAAGAGGAUCUUCAGAGAUUUAAGAAAAUUACAACUGGUGGUAUAGUGAUAAUGGGAAGAAAAACAUUUGAAUCAAUGAAUUCUAAACCUUUACCUAACAGAGUGAAUGUAGUAAUAUCAAAGAAUAUGAAAUAAGAAAAUAAUAUUCAGGUAUUUCCAAGAUUAGAUGAUGCAUUAUAAUAUUAUAAUUCAUCAAAUUAGAAGAUGUAUUUAAUAGGAGGAAAGAGAAUUUUCGAAGAAGGUUUAACAACAGAUAACUGUUCAGAUGUACAUUUAACUAGAAUUGGUGUAGAUACUAAAUGUGAUGUUUAUUUAGAUAAGAAUAUAUUUACUUAAUUUAAAGUUAAAAAAACUAGUAAAACUAAAAGUGAAAAUGGAAUCAAUUAUGAUUAUUAACAUUUAAUAAAUAAGAAUAGUGAUGAAUAAUAAUCAUAUAUAGAUGAAGAACAUUAAGAGAAUUAAUAUUUAGAUAUGAUUAAAAAGAUAAUGAGGGAAGGUGUAUAGAAAGAUGAUAGAACAGGAGUAGGUACAAUAUCAAUAUUCGGAUAAACAAUGAGAUUUGAUUUAGAAGAGUCUUUUCCAUUAUUGACAACAAAGAAAGUAUUCUUUCGUGGAGUGGUAGAAGAGUUAUUAUGGUUUUUAAGAGGGAAUACUGAUGGAAGAUAAUUGUUAGAUAAAAAAAUAAAGAUUUGGGAAGGUAAUGGAACUAGAGAAUAUUUGAAUAGUAUAGGAUUAUAAAAUAGAUAGGAACAUGAUUUAGGACCUGUGUAUGGAUUUUAAUGGAGACAUUUUGGUGCAAAAUAUAAAGAGUGUCAGAGUGAUUAUAAUAAUCAAGGUGUAGAUUAAAUAAAAGAUAUUAUUUAAUAACUUAAAAAUAAUCCAGAUAGUAGAAGAAUUAUAUUAUCAGCUUGGAAUCCAAGUGAUUUAAAAUAAAUGGCAUUACCACCAUGUCAUGUUAUGUCAUAAUUUUAUGUUGCUAAUGGAAAAUUAAGUUGUCUUAUGUAUUAAAGAUCAUGUGAUUUUGGUUUAGGAAUACCUUUCAAUAUUGCUAGUUAUGCUUUAUUAACUUAUAUGUUAGCAAAAGAAUGUAAUUUAAAAUUAGGAGAAUUUAUUCAUGUCUUAGGAGAUACACAUAUUUAUAGUAAUCAUUUAGAUGCUUUAAAAGGAUAAAUUUAAAGAAUUCCUUAUCCUUUUCCAAUUCUUAAAAUUAAAACUAAUAAAGGAUUCUUUGAUUAUACUUAUGAUGAUUUUUAAUUAAUUGGAUAUAAUCCACAUGAUAAAAUUGAUAUGAAAAUGGCUGUAUGA